GGUAUCAGUCGGCUAUAUUUUCUUGCGUGUCGGUCGCGUCCUGAACUCGGUGGCGUAAGACAGAAAUAUUUUCUGUUCACUUGUCUUCCCACGCACUACCCUUGCGGUGAUUCUGGUGUAGUCUCGUGUUACGGUUCACACCAAUAGGUCGAGUGAAAUUCCUCUGAGCACUGUUCGUGCGGUGAUCCUCAUAAUUAAUAGUUAUCGUGCGCGCGGUUGUGUGAUUUUGUGAUAAUUUUUAUUACAACACCAUUCAAUUGAUCGUUCCGUCAAUAGACAUCGGGAAACAUUUUUUAGGUUUUUUUUUGCUCCCAUCUCGAUACGUAGUGAACUAUGACCGGUCCAAUGAUGGCCACCAGCGGCAGGAAGUUAUCCAUGAGCAAGCAGAACGAGCUCAACUCGUUGGUAGAUGCAUUGAUUAAGCACAGCUUCCUCAAGACGACCAACCUGAACGAACAAUUCAAGCAGUACCAGGAUAUGCACGCCGUACUGGAACGCAUUCGCAAAGUGGAAUCGGAGUUGAAGCUCAAGAUCAACAACGGUAAAGCACGGCAGUCGAACAUCGAAACGUUUUGCCGGUGGGCCAAAGAAAACGGCUGUCAGUUCGAUGGGGUACAAAUAUCUGAAUUCUCCGGCUUCGAGAUGGGUUUGGAGGCGACGAAAGAUUUUCGCGAGGGUGAUCUCUUCGUGACCGUCCCUAAGAAGCUCAUCUUCUCGGUUACGGAAGACAGCAAAAUUCCCGAUAUUAUGAAGGAUAUCCCCGUGAUGAUGGUGCAGAAUCUUUCGAAUCUGAUGCUAGCGCUGCUGUUGAUCGUGGAACGCUUCCAGCCGAAUAGUGAAUGGAAACCCUACCUGGACGUGUUACCGGAUCGAUACUCGACGGUGCUGUAUUUCAGUCCCGCCGAGAUGGCCGAACUGAAGGGGACAAGCGCCUUCGGAUCGGCGUUGAGUCAGUGCAAGAAUAUUGCGCGUCAGUACGGAUUUAUCAAGAAGUUUAUCCAGAACAAGACGGCCCUGCUGAAGAAUAAUUUUACGUAUGAUUUAUACUGCUGGGCCGCUUCAACAGUGAUGACCCGCCAGAAUAUAAUACCGGUGAAUCUAAAAGGCGAUGGCGAAGAUGUAGGCGAGGCAAACGAUGCUGGACUCGGCCCAAGCCCAGUACUCAUUCCAUUCUGGGAUAUGGCCAAUCAUACAAACGGGCAAAUCACCACCGGUUAUAACGAGCAACAGCAGAGAGUGGAAAGUCUGGCACUGAAGGACUUUCAAAAGGGAGAUCAAAUCUUCAUCUACUAUGGAAACCGAACCAACGCGGAUUUUCUUGUCCAUAAUGGUUUCAUCUUUCCGGACAAUAAUAACAACAACGUAUCGAUUCAACUUAGCCUAAAUUCCACCGAGGAAUUGUUUGCACAACGCAAGCAACUGCUCGAGAAAUUGAACCUCCCCGUGGUCGGGGAGUUCACCGUGUGCCGCGGACCAAACUGCAUCUCCGCGGAUCUCCUCGCUUUCGCACGUGUAUUCAACAUGACCAAAGAGCAACUAGCGCACUGGAUCGACCAGGAGGAUGCUACCAUCAGGAACCUUCUCGAUCCGAAAUGUGUUCUCGAGCCGUCCCACAGAGAGAAAGUAUGGAAGUUCCUGUCCAUAAGGCUGCAGCUGCUCAUUCGAAUGAGCAGUACCACUCUUGAGCAGGACGAAACACUGUUGGCCAGUCAGGGUCAAAAGGGCGCGCAGAAGCUAGGCCACAUUAAAACGAUGCUGGUCCAAUACCGCGUGGUGGAGAAACGGAUCCUAACCGAAGCGAUCGAUUACUGCAAGCAGCAGGAAGUGGAUGGGAAAGGAGUCUGAAUGUCCACGUGUGUGUGUUUUCCGCUAAAUAUUCCAAAGUUCUUUUUAUAUUAUCGCCUAUCCUAAUGUAUGUAGACACAAUCACUUUCGUUUACCGCUAAGUACCCAACCAGUAUUCAGCUGACUUGCUCUACUCUCCUUGAAAGUACCUAUAUUACAAAAUCUUACGUUUUUCUUUCCAUGUUUUUUCAACAACUGAUUUUGCAGCGCACACCACAACCCAAAUACAGAUAAUCUUCAAUGCCA